UUUUUUUUACCUUUUUCCACUUUUAAAAAAAAUGCACUACUGUGUGCUGAGCGCUUUUCUGUUCCUGCAUCUGGUCACGGCUGCGCUCAGCCUGUCUACCUGCAGCACGCUCGAUAUGGACCAGUUUAUGCGCAAGAGGAUCGAGGCGAUCCGCGGGCAGAUCCUGAGCAAGCUGAAGCUCACCAGCCCCCCAGAAGACUAUCCCGAACCCGAGGAAGUACCCCCGGAGGUGAUUUCCAUCUACAACAGCACCAGGGACUUGCUCCAGGAGAAGGCGAGCCGGAGGGCGGCCGCCUGCGAGCGCGAGAGGAGCGACGAGGAGUACUACGCCAAGGAGGUUUACAAAAUAGACAUGCCGCCCUUCUUCCCCUCGGAAACUGUCUGCCCAGUUGUUACAACACCCUCUGGCUCAGUGGGCAGCUUGUGCUCCAGACAGUCCCAGGUGCUCUGUGGGUACCUUGAUGCCAUCCCGCCCACUUUCUACAGACCCUACUUCAGAAUUGUCCGAUUUGACGUCUCGGCGAUGGAGAAGAAUGCAUCCAAUUUGGUGAAAGCAGAGUUCAGAGUCUUUCGUUUACAGAACCCGAAAGCCAGGGUGCCCGAACAACGGAUCGAGCUGUAUCAGAUUCUCAAAUCCAAAGAUUUAACGUCUCCAACCCAGCGCUACAUUGACAGUAAAGUUGUCAAGACGAGAGCAGAAGGCGAAUGGCUUUCCUUUGACGUGACUGACGCCGUCCAUGAAUGGCUCCACCAUAAAGACAGAAACCUGGGAUUUAAAAUAAGUUUACACUGUCCCUGCUGCACCUUUGUACCAUCUAAUAAUUACAUCAUUCCCAAUAAAAGUGAAGAGCUAGAAGCAAGAUUUGCAGGUAUUGAUGGCACCUCCACAUAUACCAGUGGUGAUCAGAAAACUAUAAAGUCCACUAGGAAAAAAAACAGUGGGAAGACCCCACAUCUCCUGCUAAUGUUGUUGCCCUCCUACAGACUUGAGUCACAACAGUCCAACCGGCGGAAGAAGCGUGCUUUGGAUGCAGCCUAUUGUUUUAGAAAUGUGCAGGAUAAUUGCUGCCUACGUCCACUUUACAUAGAUUUCAAGAGGGAUCUUGGGUGGAAAUGGAUACAUGAACCUAAAGGGUACAAUGCCAACUUCUGUGCUGGAGCGUGCCCGUAUUUAUGGAGCUCAGACACUCAGCACAGUAGGGUUCUCAGCCUGUAUAAUACCAUAAAUCCAGAAGCAUCUGCUUCUCCUUGCUGCGUGUCCCAGGAUUUAGAACCGCUAACCAUUCUCUACUACAUCGGCAAAACACCCAAGAUUGAACAACUCUCUAAUAUGAUCGUAAAGUCUUGCAAGUGCAGCUAAGAUUCUUGGAAAAGUGGCAAGAUGAUAAUUCCAUGGUGACAAUGAUCAGGAGGAGGAGGACAAGAACAAUGACAAUGUUUGUAACAAGAAAACGUAAGAGAGCCUUGCUUCGACAGUGUUAAAAAAAAUUUGAAAAAAGCGGUACUAGUUCAAACACUUUGGAAGUCUGUGUUCUGUUUGUUAAAACUGGCAUCUGAAACAAAAGAAAACAAAACAAAUUGAAGGCUUUAUUCUACAUUUCACCUACUCUGUAAGUGAGAGAGACAAGAAGCAAAACCUUUUUUUUUUUUAAGAAAAAAAUAAACACUGGAAGAAUUUGUUAGUGUUAAUUAUGUGAAAGGAAAAAAACAAACAGGAAAAUCCCAUUAAGUGGAGUUGCUGUACAUACCAUUCCUAUCCCAUGCCUCACUUGAUUUUUCUGUAUUGCUAUGCAAUAGGCACCCUUCCCAUUCUUACCUUUAGAGUUAACAGUGAGUUAUUUAUUGUGUGUUACUAUAUAAUGAACAUUUCAUUGCCCUUGGAAAAUAAAACAGGUGUAUAAAGUGGAGACCAAAUGCUUUGCCAGGAACUCAUGGAUGGCUUAAGGAACUUGAACUCAAACGAGCCAGAAAAAAAAGAGGUCAUAUUAACGGGAUGAAAACCCAAGUGAGUUAUUAUAUGAGCAAGCAAGUCUACGUUAAGAUAAAGACCCUGAAAACACAUGCUAUGUACCAGCUGCAUAAGGAAGCUUCUUGUAAGGUUCAAAACUGAAAAGCCUGUUAAUAAAGGAAACUUUCAGUCAGAA